UCUUUAUAUUUGUAUUGUAUAGAAGACAUGAUUCAUCAGCAAAAGAACUAGAAAGCUCUGGCAUGAUGAAACUUCCAAGUCCCAAGCGAGACAUUAUGCAGAAGCAGCUUAGAAUGUCAUUUUAUGUGAAAUUGCAGCAAUCACAAAAUAACAAAAACCAUACUUACAUUUUCCCCGAAACUUGAAACAUCAUUUUCUCUUAGCCCCUCUAGUUUGACACUUCUUUCAGAACCUUCUGAUCUCCUCUGGACCCGUUUGACCCAAACCCAUGAGUAGAUACCAUGACAAGGCCCCGCCGCCCACCCACGCACUCUUAAACUCCACUUAUUCUUCUAUAAAAAUGUAAAUUCCGAGCUCUCCCUACAUUUGUGCAUACUUCUAUGAGAAAAACUGAUCUUACACCUCCGUCUACAAAUGGAUCUUAAUUCGCAUUCAACCCAAAAACAGGAAAACAAACGACUCACCCAAGACCAGCUCAUGCUUUUGGAGAAAAGUUUCAACACUAAUCAUAAUCUCAACACAGAGAGGAAGCUUAAGCUUGCCCAAAUGUUAGGCCUUCCGCCAAGGAAGGUUGCAAUCUGGUACCAAAACAGGAGAGCUAGGCAAAAAACACACACCAUAGAGCUUGAUUACAAGACCCUUCAGCUUGAGCUGGACAAUGUGUUGGCAGAAAAGACAAGGCUUGAGAAAGAAGUUGACAUCCUCAGGCAUCAGCUAGACACGACUCGAUCGAUGCUGCUUCAAUCUAACCCAUCUGCUGCCAUUCGUCUUCCUUCAGGCUCAAGUUGCAUUGAUGAAGAUCAUGCAAGCUCAAACUGUCCUGCCAACAUGACUUUUAGUCAUAAUGAUGAUAGCAUAUUUAUAGUGGAGGAACUUUAUUCUUGUCUAAUUGGCCCUCAAGGACAACCGCACACAAUUGGGGCAGUCAACAAUCUGUUGGAUUGCUCGGCGGUACCUCAAUGACUUAACUAUGCUCCUGUAACUGCAGUUA